AUGAGAAGACGUUUCACUAGUCAAAAGAACACUAACGCAAAAGCAGAGAUUACGGUUGGUUAUAACGUAAAUGAUGAUAAAUCACGAAUUAUUCAAAAUGUUAAAGUUAAUGUUAGCCCUGAAUUAACAAGGUCAGCAACUCAACCAAAUUUAUUAACUCGUGACUUACCGAAAAAGGAGGAGGAGCAAAAUAAAGAAGAUGGAGACCCAAUCAUUUUAUCUGAACCCGGUAAAGAACCUGUUGAAAUUCCCACUUAUCCAACAUACCCAGCACCACUUGA